CCGAGUCAACUGGCAUGACCGCGGGCACUGGGGUCAGACAUUGGAUCGUCUGGCCCGACAGCGGGUAUCGGGUCACCAGGCAUGACAGCGGGCACUGGGUCAUCAGGCAUUGGAUCGUCUGGCUCGACAGCGGGCAUCGGGUCACCAGGCAUGACAGCGGGUACUGGGUCAUCAGGUACCGGAUCGUCUGGAUCGACAGCGGGCAUCGAGUCAACUGGCCUAAUGGAAUCAUCAGGCUGGAUCAGUUCAUAAGGCUGGGUAGAAACAUCAUGCUUUAUAGAGGCAUCAGGCUGAGUGGAGGCAUCAGGCUGGGUGGAGGCAUCAGGCUGGGUAGAGGCAUCAGGCUGAAGUGCGGACGGCAGGCUCACCGGUUUGGAUACUGGCAGGAUGGUACUGGUUGGAAAGAAUUUCCGCUUUUUUCUGGUUUUAACUACUGGGGCACUGCAAGUAAACGCAGGUCUGCCAACUAAUGGAGCAGCUGAGGGCAGAGAAGAGCUGGAAGAUGGAACAAGGAGGGAGCAGUUGCUACAGAGGACUUCUUUACAGGGUUAAAGAAAGGAUAGGUGCAGCGAGUGGGAGCAGAGGACUGGUAUGUGGUAGUUAGAGUAUACUGGGCAGUCACUGGGGGUGCUGUCGGGGAUGCAGGAAGAGUGCCUUGAGUGGAGGAAUAAUGUUGUAAGCUGACUGAGGCUGGGUGCAACAAGUCUGACCAUGUCUGCAGUAUGGGUUGAACAAAGCUCAGCUUACACAAAGCCUGUCUGACCAAAGACUGCACUGCGUUUAUACAAUCUCUUAGUAUCUGUGGUGAACAUGCAGAAUAACGCUCCAGAAAGUAAUCCACAUCAUCCUCUAACAACCAUACCAGGGACUCUACCUGGUUGGCACUAAAUGGCGGCAAAAAUUCAUCCCUGCAUUCGGGGGUACCAGAUGAAACCAACUCAGCACAAACCUGAAUCAAUGGCUGCACCUCAGAGAAUUCUGUGCCCUGAUCUACUAGAACAUGAGCGAUCCGUAUACAUUCUAGCAGUUCAUCCCUGGGAUACUCCUUCAGAGUUUGAUAAGCAUACUCUCUGUCAUCAAACACUAGCAGAGAUAAAUACACCACCUCAUCAAGAUCCAUCCUUCCCA